AUGCUAAUUUUAUGUUUGCGUGAUCACGGUUGCUAUAUGUUUUCAAAAGCUAUCGUAAUAGAUUCGAUAAGUAAAUAUCGAAUUGAAUGUACAGUUGAUGAUAUACGCCAUGAGAUGGGAAAUUUUGCCUCAUCGAAAAAUGUUCCAAAAUUAAUGUCGAGAAUGGGACAACACUGGCGUUUGGAAGAUGAUAUUAUUGGUGGUGCUCCACAUCCUGACAUUUGUGAAUAUGCAAUUUUCUCGGAUGGAGCUGGACAAAUUUCAGAAAAGUUCGCAUCUUUAGUUGCUGAACGAUUCGAAUUAAAAACCACACCAUCUUGUUUUCAGGUACGCUUUAAAGGAUUCAAAGGAGUUUUGUGUGUUAAUCCGUUAUUAGAUUUGAAAGGUCGCGAAAAUAUCGUUUUUCGGAAGAGUCAGAAAAAAUUUGAAGAGGAUGAAGAAGAAAUUGCUGAAUUAGAAGUUGUAAAAUAUUCACUGCCCACAUCUGCAUGCCUAAGUCGACCACUUAUAAUGAUUUCUUGA